CUCCACACUUUAGUCCAGGUGAAGCUUCUCUCCUGAACUGCAACAGAGAGCUCUAUCUCUCUCUUUCUCUGUCUCUCCCUCUCUCUUUUCCUCUCUCUAUCAUUCUCUCCGUCUCUCUCUCUCUCCUUGUCUGUCUCUCUGUCAGGAUUUGCAGCCAGUGUUUCCUCCUGUGAUCGGGAGCUCCAGUGUGCUAGCAGACAUGGCGAGUGGAGGGAUGCAGCUCCUGGGUUUUACCCUGGCGUUUUUAGGCUUUGUGGGUUUGAUCAUCUCCACCACCAUGACGGAGUGGAAGAUGUCCUCAUACUCAGGGGACAACAUUAUCACAGCACAGGCCGUGUAUGAGGGACUGUGGCAGUCCUGCGUGUACCAGAGCACCGGCCAGUUACAGUGUAAAGUCUACGACUCGCUCCUGCAGCUUCCCUUGGAGGUCCAGGCGGCUCGGGGGUUCAUGGUGACGGGGAUCCUUCUGUGUGGCAUGGCCGUAAUGGUGGCUGCAGUGGGCAUGAAGUGCACCAAGUGUAUGGAGGACAACAUGGAGGUCAAAAACAAAGUAGCCAUGGCUGGAGGAGCCGUGUUCAUCACUGCAGGUGUCUGCGCUUUUGUUGCUACUAUCUGGUAUGGAGAUAACAUCAGACGGCAGUUUUUCAACCCCUUCACCCCGACUAACGCGAGGUACGAGUUUGGUAAAGCUCUGUAUAUCGGAUGGGGAGCGUGUGCUCUCACCGUGAUCGGCGGCAGCUUGCUCUGCUGUAACUGCGGCUCCAAGAGUUCAGGAGCUCCAGCAACCCGUUACCCAGCAGCCCGUCCGAACCAGCCGUCACAGCCCGGCUACGUCUAACAUCAACCAUCCACACGUCUGCUUCAGAACAGUCUGAACUCUCAGGAGAAUCCAGUUCAGUGACCCAGAACACAACAUCAAACCCAUCUCUGUUUUCUAGCCCACUGCAAAAUAUGGCCGAUUUCUUACAACUUAAUUCCGCACUCUGGAGUUGAGUUGAGUUGAGAUGAAUGUUUGUUUGGUCAAAAAAAAUCCCUGAUUGUUUAAAAUGAAGAUAUUUUCUGUCGAAUCUGCUUUUUUUGUUUUUUUGUUUUCAGAAACAAAGGUUGAUUGCGUUAGUCUUACCAACCUGGCAACCUUCAGUCAAUAAAACCCAGACAAAUCAAUCAAUUUUCACACCAAUCUCACCUUUUCCAACAUAUCUGGGGUUUCAAAACUUUAAAUCUUUUCUUUGGGGGGGGAAUUAAACAAAAAUUGAAAAAAUAUAAUGUUCUACACUGGCUUUAAAUGACAUCAUAAAGGGAAGUACGGAUUCAGACACACGUGGGUUUUAUCGUUAUAUUUCAUCAACUGCAUAAACCGAAGUGUUUUAUUUCUCUUACACAGCAGCAGAUGUCCAACGAUUCCGAUGUUUAGUUUAGUUUAGUGAUGAAUGACGUCUUUAGCUGUUUAUAGUUGCAUGUAAUGUUGCCAUGUUUGUUUUUUGUUUUUACACAAGAUGUUUUUCCUUAUGUUGUAGUAGCUAUAGUCAUUUCUCUCUCUCUCUCUCUCUCUCUCUCUCUCUCUCUGUGUCUUGAAAAUAA